AUUCACAGAGGGACAGUGGGGUCGUUCUGUAUUCACCAUGGAAUUACCGUCAGUGGUUCUGAUCCUGAGUUGUCUCUUGUGUUCAGUGCACGGACAGGUUCCUGUCGUCUCAGUGGAGCCCCGAGUGGCCGGUGUCCGCCAAGGGGAGUCUGUCAGCUUCAGAUGCACAGUGACCAGUGGGGCCUCGCCCGUCCAGCUGGAAUGGAAGCGGGCCAACAACAAAGCAUUACCAGAUAAUGCAAAAAUUGGUCCUGAUGGUUCCAUGCUGACUUUUGCUAACACCAAACCUGGAAACCAUGGCCAGUACCAGUGCGUGGGAGCCAACUCUGCAGGCCGCGGCACUGCCACAGCCGUGCUGAAUGUCAGAUAUCCUCCUAAAGUGCGGGUUACACCAGAAGGGCCCCUGACAGUCAGGAUGGGGGAUGCUUUGUCAGUGGAUUGUCGUGCCACAGGAAGGCCACACCCCACACUAAUGUGGAAACGCCAAGGAUCAAGCCUCCAGCUCGUUACUUUGUCAACACGUGAUGCAAACACCAUCCAGUGGCCUACAGUACGUCCUGAGGACUCAGGAGUGUACAUUUGCCAGGCUCAAAACAAUGAAGGGGUGGCAGAGGUCAAAGUUGAGAUCAUGGUUAUGGGUGGACCUGGUGCACCAGAGGCUUCAGUGAGCACAACUGAAAUGACGGUAGUGGAAGGACACACUGUCACAAUGGAGUGUCAAGCUACUGGUUCACCCCCUCCAGCCAUUACCUGGUCGAAGUUACGAGCACCGUUACCGUGGAGGCACACAGUUGUUGGUGGAGUUCUGACCCUUACUAACGUUGGCCGCCAGGACUCAGGACAGUACAUCUGUAAUGCAACCAACAUACACGGCUACAGUGAGGCGUACACACAAAUGGAAGUGGAGACGCCUCCAUAUGCCACCUGCCUGCCCGAGCAGGUGAGGCUCCGCCCUGGAGAGGGCCUGCACCUGCAGUGCCUGGCCCAUGGAUCACAUCCCAUUCGUUUCCAGUGGGCCAAGGUAGGAAGAGCAGGUCUUCCUCCAGGGGCCCAGACCACCAAGGAUGGAAAGCUUGUGAUUGCAUAUGUUAAAGUGAGUGACAGUGGCACCUACAAAUGUGUGGCCACCAACCACAUCGGCUCCAGUGAGGCUCUGGCCAGAGUCACCGUAAAAAGUUAGACCAGGACACCCAGUGUGUGCCUCAGGACACGACCGCAAUGGCAUGACCCAACUGUACUUUCUACAAGUUAUCAACAUAGUGUUUAAUAUUGAGCCAACAGAGUAAUUACAUUUAACAGAUUCAUUAAGCUGAAAGUUAUCAAUGCUGCUGAUAGUUAUGGUGCUAUUGUCCUUACUUAUUUUUUUUUUUACUUUUGUGCUAAAUUCUUACAGUUUCUGCUGUUGCAACUGCCUCAGCUACCUUGGGAAACUGUUAGUUGUUACUCAGUGUGAAUUAUGAGCCUUCAGUUGUCGUGGGAGUUGUUUCUUCAACUGGAAUUCUUCUGCAUCACAGUCUUCCUCCCUUCAUGUCCACUGCUAGUUGUUUUCAGAAAAGAAACCAAAUAAAAACCUAAUAAAAUUUAAAACCCUUUGUUAUGCUAUCAGAUAAUAUGACUACAAUAAAAUAAGACAUGAGUAUACCACUCUUCCAGUGCUGUCGGUACUAAUGCUUGAAAAAUCUAUAAUUUUUUACAAUCACAUUGGCUGCACUAAUCUCUUUCUGCGGUCAAAGUCUUCAUCUGUCUGAAAUUUCACUCUACCCAUGACUUUUUGAGAAAUCACAUAGACAAACACACAGGGACGAUAACAUAACCUCAACCCAAGUUCAUAGUUAAUCAUU